GAAGCAAGCACGAGGAUGAAAGCGAUUGCGUUGUUCCUGACGGCUGCGUGCCUGGCUCAUGCCACGCAAGUGCCCACCCACACCGCCGACAAACCAUACCUGAUUAAGCAGAAGAGCAUCUACGAGCUAUACUGGCAUAUCGAUCAGCCGACCGUCUAUCAUCCGGAGCUCUACCAAAAGGCGCGAUCCUUCAAUCUCGAGGACAAUGUCGCUUCCUUCACGGAUCAGACGGCGGUGACCGAGUUGCUGCAACGAUUGAAGCAUGGAAUGCUCCCGCGAGGAGAAUUGUUCUUCGUGAAUGUCCCCCAACAGUACGAGGAAUUCAUCAACCUGUUCCACGUCCUCCACACUGCCAAGGACUUUGACACUUUCUAUAAUACUGCCGUAUGGAUGCGCUUCCACGUGAACGAACUCAUGUAUGUUUACGCGUUGAGUGUUGCCGUCUUGCAUCGUCCGGACACCAAAAACAUCCGUCUGCCCCCGGUUUACGAGGUGCUCCCGCAGUACUUCUUCAACGAGGAGGUCAUACAUAAGGCCAAUCGUAUCGCAAUGGGUGACACGCAAUCUGUUGGCGUGAGGAAAACAAUUGGGGGCGUGGAUCAUUAUUACAUUCCUGCCAACUACAGCGGCUCAUAUGUAAUAAACGACCAUGUUCCGGAACAGCAAAAAUUAAGCUAUUUUCUCGAGGAUGUCGGUUUGAAUGCCUUCUAUGCCGUAAGCUCCCAUGACUUCCCGUACUGGAUGAACACCGCUAAGUACAACAUGCCCCAGAACGUUCGCGGCGAAUUGUACAUGUACAUGCAUAAGCAGUUGCUCGAUCGCUACUAUCUGGAGAGACUGUCAAACGAUCUCGGCGAGAUUGAUUACGUCGACGUGAACAAACCUAUCGUUCCUGGUUACUAUCCGACGAUGCAACAUCCCAACGGUGUGUCGCUUCCACAACGUCCAGUCGGUUUCGAGGUCCCUCUUCAUGCGCACAUAGAUGUCCAGGCCCUGCAGGACUUCCAUGUUCGCAUCUCCGACGCCAUCGAUAGCGGCUAUCUUGUCGACGCGAACGGCAAACAUAUCAACAUUUACGAUACUAUGGACGGUCUCAAUCAUCUCAGCAACGUUAUCCAUGGUAAUGCCGAUUCCGUCAAUCCCACAUAUUAUGGACGCAUAGAUCCAUUGUAUAGGAAGAUCUUCGGCAUAAGCCCGGUACACAUCACCAAGCACCACGUUGUCGCUACUGCUCUCGACAUGUUAAGCACCCGUUUGAGAGAUCCCUUGUUCUAUGGAAUAUGCAAGAAUAUCGUCAAUUAUUGGGAGAGAUAUAAACAACACUUGCCGAAAUACACGCACGAGGAACUCGUUUUCCCGGGCGUGACAGUCGAAUCCGUCACCGUCGACAAGCUAACGACAUUCUUCGAUCAUUUCGAAUCGUUGAUCAGCAACGCCGUGUCCGUGCGCAGUCACAAAGAGGCACAAUCGAUGCUGAUCAAAGCGCGUCAAUAUCGUCUCAACCACAAGCCUUUUACCUAUCACAUUACCGUCAAUAGCGACAGGCCCGUUAAGGCGAUCUUCCGCGUCUUCCUUGGACCGAAAAACGACGUUUACGGCCAUGAAAUAGACAUGAGCGAGAACUAUAAGAACUUUAUGGAGAUGGAUCAGUGGAUCGUCGAUUUGAAAACCGGUGCUAACAAGAUUGAACGCAGCAGCCACGAGUCCAUCUACGUCGUUCCGGACGAGGUGCCAAGCGACGUCUUAUACAAGAAAGUGGUGAAGGCUCUCGAGGGUGGCGAGACCUUCACCUAUCCAGGACAGCUUUACGGUAUCCCUGAUCGUCUAAUACUUCCCAGAGGCAAGAAGGAGGGCAUGCCGUUCAAGCUCUUUGUGGCUGUGUCGCAUUUCGACGAGACGAGAGCCAUGCACGUAGAUAAUCCCGUCCUGGGUCUCAGCGUGGUGGACGCUCGUCCGUUAGGAUACCCACUUGAUAGAGUGCCUUCCUUCAACUUCACUGUACCCAACUUCUACUUCAAGGACGUUCUAGUUUUUCACAAGCAGGCGGAGGAAUUGAAUCUCACCGUGAUGUAUAAAAGCGCGGCAUCCUGUGUCGCACAGAAUUCUCGACUCGGCGCGUCGGGGAAAGUUUUGCGAAAGAUGCAACUCCUGACGGCACUGGCCGUCAUCGCGGCCGUCGGUUUGGUAGCGGCCGAUUACAAUACUGUCAAGGUCGCCGACGAGGAAUUUCUCCUUAAGCAGAAGAAGAUCUACAAACUUUUAUAUCACAUCGCGCAACCCUCCUUCGUAAAUCCUACCCUGUACGAGGAAGGCCGCUCGUACAAUAUCGAGGCCAACAUCGACUCUUACACUAACACGACCGCGGUGAAGAACUUCCUUCAGCUAUACGAAUAUGGCGUACUUGCGCGCGGUGAGAUCAGCUCCAUAUACUAUCCGAAGCAUCUGAAAGAAACGGAGGCAUUGUUCCGUCUAUUCUAUUAUGCCAAGGACUUUGAUACCUUCUACAAAACGGCGCUAUGGGCGCGUGUUUACAUGAACGAGAUGCAAUACAUGUAUGCCAUUUUUAUCGCCGUUAUACGCCGCGAGGACACCAAAUUCAUUCAGCUGCCGCCUAUUUACGAGAUGUAUCCGUACGCAUUCUUCAACUCCGAAGUACUCAAGAAAGCGCAACACGCGAAACUCUUCGGUAAACCCGAUUCGAAGAAGCUCGGUAGCUACAUCAUCCCAGCGAAUUAUUCCGCAUGGUACAUAUCACACGAGUACGAUUUAGAGCACAAGCUCAAUUACUUCACCGAGGAUAUCGGCUUGAACGCCUAUUACUUCUACUUCCGGAGCGACAAUCCGUUCUGGCUCAAGAGCGAGGAAUUCGGAUUGCAGAAAUGGCGCGGCGCGGAAUACUUUUACGGUCACAAGCUGCUGUUGACCCGUUACUACUUAGAACGCCUGUCCAACGACAUGGGUAAGAUCGAGGAUUUCGAUUGGCACAACGAAUUCUACACCGGAUACUACCCUACGAUGAACUAUCACAACGGGCUGCCGUUGCCGCAGAGGCCUUAUUGGAGCAAAUUCCCCUACUACAAGUACGCAUAUAUAAAGAACUUGGAGGACAUGGAAUCUCGAGUCUCGGCCGUCAUCGAUUCUGGAUUCGUCUUGGACGCGACCGGUAAACUGAUCAACAUCUACACACCCGAAGGCCUCAACAUCCUCGGCAACAUCAUCGAGGGCAACAUGGACUCCUGCAACCGCGACUUUUACGGCAGCAUCGAUUUGUUCGCGAGGAAGGUUCUUGGAUACAAUCUGGAGCCAUCAACUUCGUAUCAGAUUAUACCUAGCGCCUUCGAAUUUUACAGCACAUCUAUGAGAGAUCCCGCGUUCUACCGUCUCUAUAAGAGAAUAUUUAAGUUCUAUCAUAACAGAUACAAAGUGCAUCAGAAACCGUACAACAAGGACGAGAUUAUCUAUCCCGAGCUAAAGAUCGAGUCCUUUGUCGUGGAUAAGCUGAUUACCUUUUUCGAUCAAUUCGACUCCUCGAUCAGUAACGGUUUGAUAAUCAAUAACGCGGAGGAGGCCGAGAAGACAUUGGUCAAAAUUCGUCAGUAUCGUCUCAAUCACAAGCCGUUCAGCUUCCAUCUCUCCAUCAACGCCGAGAAGCCGAUAAAAGCCGCGAUACGCAUCUUCCUCGGGCCGAAAUAUAACGCACAUCAUAAACCGCUGGACAUCGCCGAAAACGCAUAUUACUUCUAUGAAAUGGACAACUGGAUACUCGAUCUGAAUGCCGGCGCGAACAAGAUCGUCCGAAACAGCCAAGAUUGCGUCUUCGUAAUACCCGAUCCGGAACCGAGCGAAGUCUUCUACAAAAAGAUACUUAAGGCUCUGGACGGUUCCGACACUCUCUCGUAUACGGAACGUCUCUACGGAUUCCCCGAGCGUCUCCUUCUGCCCAAGGGCAAGAAGGAUGGCAUGCCUUUCCAGAUCUUCGUGUACGUGAGUCCGGUCGAGGGAGAACCGAUCCCCUACAUGUCCCGCAUCUUCGGUGGCUACAAAUUCGACGAAAAGCCGCUCGGUUUCCCGUUGGACAAGCCUAUCCUCAAUUUCCGGUACAACGGAUCGAACAUGAUGCUGAAGGACAUUAUGAUCUAUCACAAGGAUGAGAUGGAGCUGAAUGUCACUUAUUGAGAUAGUCUUAUGCUACUUAUUAAGUCUUCCAUCAUUCAACGUAACGACACAUCCGCGACAAGACGUAUCUGAAUAAAAUAAUAUAUAUACGUUUUGCUGAUGAAGAUUUUUAGAGAUUUCACACGAAAAACAUUUUUAUUAUCAUUACUUUAGAAUUAUUGUGAUUUAAUUAAAAUUUUUUACAUAGAA